AUGCCCCUUGGUCAAGAUGAGCCGACAUUUGGACACGAAAUGCGUCAGCAUUUCUCUUUUGCUCCCGGCUAUCGAAACUUGAAUCAUGGGUCUUUUGGGGCAUCGCCAACCCUCAUUCGCAACCGAGCCAAUGAGCUACGCGAGGAAUGCGAGGCAACUCCAUGUCCUUUCAUCAAAUACCGCUUCCCUCAACUUUUGCAACUCUCUCGGGCUGCUAUGAGCAGCUUUCUUGGUGUACCUGAGUCCACUAUCGUCUUCGUCCCGAAUGCGACUACAGGUGUCAACACAGUCCUGCGAAACAUGAUAUGGAAUGAGGAUAGAAACGAUGAAAUUAUUCACCUAGAUAUUAUAUAUGGAGCUUGUGCAAAAACAGCGCAAUACGUCUGUGAGGCCAGCGGCGACAAGGUUUAUACCCGUCAAUUCGGGUUUACAUACCCGGUCGAGGACUCUGAGAUCGUUGCAGCCUUGCAAAGAGCAAUUGAAUCUUCGCGCUCAAAGGGUAAGCGCCCGCGCAUUGCCAUAUUCGACACUAUUGCCUCCAAUCCCGGACUGCGACUUCCCUUUGACGAGCUCACUGCAGUCUGUCGCGCAGAGGGGGUCCUAAGUCUGAUCGACGGGGCACAUGGGAUUGGGCAGGUCGAUCUCAACUUGGCAACACUAGAUCCAGACUUCCUGGUCAGUAAUUGUCACAAAUGGCUUUUCACUCCCCGGAGCUGUGCUGUGCUCUAUGUCCCAGAGCGCAAUCAAGCCAUGAUCCGAAGCACACUACCCACGAGCCAUGGGUUCGUUCCACAGCUCCACGGAAUUCCAUGCGCCAAAGAAACAGGCUUCGUUUCUAAUUUUGAUUUCGUGGGGACCACUGACAGUGUCUCUUUCCUGACGGUGCCUGAAGCGAUUCAGUGGAGGCACACAACCUGCGGUGGGGAGGAUAAGAUUCGGCAGUAUUGUAUUCAACUUACUCGCAAAGGUGGGCAGAGGGUUGCUGAAAUCCUGGAGACCAAGGUCCUGGACAAUGUUUCCCACAGUUUGACAGAGUGUUGUAUGGUCAACAUUCUCCUGCCUUUGACAAAGCCUACUUCGGGAGAUCAAAGUCUUGUCAGAGUGACUGGAGCCCCCAGUGUCACAGUCACAGAUUGGAUGCAGCAAACCAUGAUCGAAAGAUUCAACACAUUCAUGCCGGUCUUUCCUUUUCAGGGAUCUUGGUGGGUUCGACUGAGUGGACAAAUCUAUCUCGAGGAGAGCGACUUUGAAUGGGCGGGUUGGACGCUGAAGGAGCUAUGUGAAAUGCUUCUCAAUAAGUUAUAA